AUGAUGAACAGAUCGACCUCUAGCUCUGGUGAGGCCUCGACCUUCGUCCCCUCCAGCAUGUCUUUUGCUGGGGUGGGAGGAAGCAGCAGCAGCAGCAGCCAACAAACCCCAAAGCAGCAGCAUUUCUGGGAGUGGGAGACCAGCUCGUGCUCCCACAUCACGGCCGCUGCUGCCUCCAACAACAACCGCUCUUCCUUUUUCCCCUCGGCGGCGGCGGCGGCAGCGGUACCCUUCCAGCACUUCGAUCAUUACUUCCCAGCGCCGCCACUCCUUCCCAUAAACCCUUACUUCGCCUCCCCGGCGCCGCUCGCUGCCGACUACCCUAUCAGCCUCAUCAAGAGCGAGUUGGACGUGGAGCUCGGCGGCGGCGCAAUUGGGCUGAAUUUGGGUCACCGGACCUAUUUCUCCUCCUCCAACUCGUCGGAUCAGGGGUUCGUCGUCGACCGGCUCUUCGCAGGCUCCUCCUCCUCCUCCUCGAUCAGAGCGCUGCAGUUCCAGUACCCGAUGUUCAGCGGCGGGCAGCCUCCUGCGCGGUGCCAAGCCGAGGGGUGCAAGGCCGAUCUCUUCAGGGCCAAACACUACCACCGACGCCACAAGGUCUGCGAGUUCCACUCCAAGGCCACCCUCGCCCUUGUCGCCGGCCUCCAACAACGCUUCUGCCAGCAGUGUAGCAGGUUCCAUGUGCUCGCAGAGUUCGACGAGGCCAAAAGAAGCUGCAGAAAGCGCCUCGCCGACCACAACCGCAGGCGGAGGAAGUUGCCACUCACCGCCGCCGCCACCACUACUGCUGUCGACGUCGACUCUUCCAUCAAACCCAAACCACCCCAGAACUCCACCGGAUGCAACAAAGACAGAACCUCGAUGCGUGGGCCUGCUGCCGGCUUCUGCGUCGACGGAGGGGUUGAAGUCGACAAAGGGUGGGCAGGUGGGAACGCAGCGGCUGCUGCCAUGUACGCGAAGCAAGCUCGGGGAGGAAUAGCCAUCGAUGACAGCUUGUCAGUGGGAGUGGAAAAGAAGGCGCAGCAGCGCCACUGCUACUGCUGCUGCUGCUCCUCCUCCUCCUCCUCCUCUCGUCCCGUCGUCGACAACAGCAGCUGCACCUGCUGCUACCACUCCCACAACUUCUUCUCUCACGAGACCAGCGCCGGAGGUGGAGCAGGCCAGAGCAGUACCGCUGCUGCUUCCGAGGAGCGACAGCAGCAGAGCCACCUGUUCCAGCUUGGCCAGGCUCUCUUUGAGGUGGACUACAUAUGA